AUGCAAAACACACAGGCCUUGGUGACGGGGGGCACUGGGUUUUUGCAGAGCACUGUGCAAAGAGGAACAAGAAAACUGCCUUUUCAAGCAGAGGGGCAUCAGGAAGGGGAAGAUGAAUACUUUGGCAGCUUCUGGGUGCAGCUUUUUCCUGCCCCCCCCCUUUCUUACCCAGGUUUGGUGAUUGUAAAUAUGUGCCUCCUCAGCUUCUUAGCCAUCAGUCAAAGAUGCAACGGAGGGCGGGAGCAUCCCAGUGCCAUGUGCGGGCAGAACUGGAGGAGUCAGGCGGGGGAGCCACGACUGUGGGCUUGUUCUGCUAUCUGA